AUGAGGUCCCAACCCGGAGCGGAAGCUUGGUGCUGGCUGGCUGGAUUGGCAAGCGCAGGACCGCCGAUGUCGAAGCUGUUGGCGCACCUGAAGCCCUUGGCGUCGGACUACAAAGACGGGCGCUUCGAGGGCACGCAGGAAGAGUUCAACAGGAAAAUAGCCGAGUCGACAGCUGUAUACGUGGGCAACCUCUCAUUCUUCACGACAGAAGAGCAGAUACACGAAGUGUUCUCAAAGGUGGGCACAGUCAAGCAGGUGGUGGUGGGGCUGGACAGGCAGAAGCUUACACCCUGUGGCUUCUGCUUUGUGAUCUACCACAAUAGGGAGGAUGCGGAGGACUGUGUGAAGUACCUGAAUGGCCUGGUGGUGGAUGGCCGCCUGAUCAGGGUUGACAUCGACUGGGGUGGGGGCUAUGAGCACCGGCAGUAUGGGCGGGGGAGGAGUGGGGGGCAGGUGCGAGAUGAGUUCCGUGAGGACUAUGACCCCGAUAGGGGUGGCUGGGGGUGCAUGGUGCAAAAGAACCUGCUGUCCAUGGCAGGCCGUGCCAGGGCUCGCCCCAGGGGCCCUGGAGAGGGCGAGGAGGAAUAUGGUGACGUGAAACGACGGAGGAGGGAGUAUGACUGGGCACCAGACCCAAGGUCGAAGGGGAGAGACGACAGUGACUGA